AUGGGCAGUGCUGGCCCUGGAGCAGGAGGCAGGGUAGGGUGAGAGCGCGCAGGUCGCAGGGGAGGGCAGCUGAGAGACCCUCCACGGGGGCCACAGCAGCGAGGAGCACCUGCCGGAGUUAGGGGUGGUCACUGAUGUCCAGCAGGAGUCUUGAGAGGUAGAGCUCACCGCAGCAUCCCGGAGGUCCCACCAUGUUCCUCUUCUCUCACAAGACCAAGACCCCCAUCAGCACCUACACUGACUCCUACCGGGCCCCCACCUCCAUCAAGGAGGUCUACAAGGACCCGCCUCUGUGGGCCUGGGAAGCCAACAAGUUCCUGACCCCGGGUCUGACUCAAACCAUGAAGCGCCACACAGAUCCUGAAGCCCUGCAGAAGAUGGCCAGAUGCGCCGCACAGGACUACAGCUAUAAGAGUUCUAUACCAGGCCACCCCUACUUGCCGGAGAAGUACUGGCUUUCCCAAGAGGAAGAAAACAAAUGCUGCCCAAGUUACCUGGGCAGCGACCCGUACUGCACCUGGAGGACAGGACCUUACAGCAGCACCUGCUGGAACAAGUACACCACCUGCCUUCCUCGACUGCCUAAGGAGGCCGGGAUGGAGACGGCAGCGCGCGGGGUGCCCCUGGAGUGCCCUCCUAAGCCGGAGCGCCUCAACGCCUACGAGCGCGACGUGGUGGUGAACAUGCUGAACUCGCUGUCCCGGAACCAGGCGCUGCCGCAGAUCGCGCCCCGCUGCGGGUGCGUGGACCCGCUGCCCGGCCGCCUGCCGUUCCAGGGCUACGAGAGCGCCUGCUCCGGGCGCCACUACUGCCUGCGCGGGAUGGACUACUGCGUGUCCGGGGCGCCGUGCGAGCGCCGCCACCUGCGGACCCUGUGCUCGGAGCAGCCGACUGAGUGUGUCCCCCUGCGAGCACCGGCCCGGAAUGCGCUGUGCUGUUACAACUCCCCCGCCGUCAUACUACCCAUGUCCCAACCUUAGAUGGGACACAAGUCACUUCAAGAAGACCGGUGGGCCCCAGAGAAACAACUACGUCGUCCACCCAGAGUUUGUGUCCGAGACCUACCCC